AUGGCCAAAAACCUCCGUGCCAAGAUCCCCGCAGCGGAUACAUUGCUCGUUCGUGAUGUCAACGAGGAAGCUGCAAAGCGCUUUGUCGCAGAGGCCGAGGAAAUUGCGCGGAGUCUGGGAGUAGGAACCGGUGAAUACCAAGUCAAGAUUGCCUCAAGUGCCCGCGAAAUUGCAGAGCAAUCGGCGAUUAUGGUUAGCAGUCUCCCCGAAUCUCAGCAUGUCAAAGAGGUCUAUGAAUCCAUCGUCGAGCACGGCAAGCUUCCGGAACUAGAAGAGGAGCGUUUGUUCAUUGACACAUCUACCAUCGACCCAGUCACUUCGAAGGAUAUCGCGAGCACUAUUCAUCGCGCGCAAGCUGGCCAAUUUGUUGACGCUCCCGUGUCGGGCGGCGUAGUCGGUGCUCGCGCUGGUACGCUGUCUUUCAUGUUCGGUGCUUCUCAGCAGCCAGAGCUACUUGAGCGACUUCGGGGCGUGCUAGCUUUCAUGGGGAAGAAAGCAUGGCACCUAGGCGAGCCUGGCUCGGGGGUCUCGGGCAAACUCGCUAACAACUACAUUCUCGCAAUCAACAACAUUGCCACCGCAGAGGCCAUGAAUCUAGGUGUGCGCUGGGGGCUGGAACCCAAGGCGCUCGCGGAGAUGAUUAAUUCUUCCACCGGCCGUUGCUGGCCAUCCGAGGUCAACAACCCUGUUCCAGGAGUUGUUGAGACUGCCCCUUCCUCUCGCGGGUAUGAAGGUGGCUUUGGGGUGAGAUUGAUGCAUAAGGACCUGCGUCUUGCGCUCACAGCAGCAACCGAAUCGGGGACACCGCUUGUCUUAGGAGAACCGGCUCGAGAGGUGUACAAGGAGGUGGAGGGAGCUCACCGGGGCAAGGAUUUCUCUGUGGUCUACCAGUGGCUUCAAAACAAGGCUAAGUGA